AUGGAACACGAACGUUCAUUUCAAAAACAACCAACAAUUUUCUUGAAUAAAAAAAAUCAAACGUUGAAAGGGAAAGCGAAAGCUGCCCGUUAUACAAAAAACGUCGGAUUAGGUUUUAAAACACCCAGAGAAGCUAUUGAAGGUUCAUACAUUGAUAAAAAAUGUCCAUUUACCGGAAAUGUUAGUAUUCGAGGUCGUAUAUUAACUGGCAUUGUAUUAAAAAUGAAAAUGCAACGUACAAUUGUUAUUAGACGAGAUUAUUUACAUUAUGUCCGAAAAUAUAAUCGAUUUGAAAAACGACAUAAAAAUAUGUCCGUACAUUUGAGUCCAUGUUUCAGAGAUGUUAGCAUUGGCGAUGUUGUAACAAUUGGUGAAUGCCGACCAUUGAGUAAAACCGUACGAUUUAAUGUACUCAAAGUAGCAAAAGCUUCUGUUGAAAUCACAAAUUGGAAGGAUUUAAUUAAAUAUACGGAACUUCUCUGUAAUGAUAAAAAAAAAGAAGUAAAAAUUUAUAUGAUCGAUGAAGAAGACGAACAAAUUCAUUUAUCGAGUGAAACAGAAUUCAAUGAAAACGUUAUGUACGCUCGUGACCGUAAUGUUGAUAUAUUAAAAUUAAUCGUUUAUAUUGGUAAUGAUCGUAUAUUCGAUGGGAUGUAUAAAGUACCGCUACAAAACAAACAAAUUGUUCAAAUAAAAACAUUGCCAAAUGAAUUAGAAUAUCGAACUAGCAUGCUUGAUAUCAAUCGUGAUGUAGAAAAAUUUCCAAAAAAUAAAUUAAAAGAACUAAUGGAAAAGGUCCUUUCCGAUAAAUGGUAUAUACCAUGCAAAGUAGAUGAAUCAUUAGGCGUUUGUUUGGUUGCUGCGACGAAGUUAACUCAUGAAGGUCUUGCUAAUUUGAAUGAGGAUUGCAAAAGUUUUAUUGAUAUUAUUGUACCAGAUGCUUUUCGUAAAUUACAAAAUACUCCAUCUGUUAAUGGUUGGCCUGAUGAUAUUCAAUUUGGUAUUUUUGAAAUCUUAGAAUUAUUUAUUGAUCUUGUUUGUACACAACUUCGUUGUCCACUUGUACCAGUUGGUCUGCUAAAUAUAUUGGCUUUAACAUUCGAUUGUACUACAACAUACCAGCAACAACAUAAAACUAAACAAUAUAUAAAUCGUAAUUACAAUUUAAAUGGGUAUCAGUUUGUUAAAAUGCAGAUGGCUGAUGAUCGUUUAUCAUAUGGAUGGUUACGGUCUUUAAUUGAUCGAUUUGUUAUGCAAAAUGGUAUUGAAAAUAUGAAAAAACUAUUCGCUCUUGAUGAUUUGAAAGCUGGUGACUACAACGCUUUGUUAAAAGUAUUUGCUAAUUGCAAAGACUGUAUCAUUAUGGAACGGUAUCAAAUAUUAUUUAGUGAACAUAUUUUCCAAGCGAUUGACUAUGUUAAACGAUCAACAGAAGAUGUCAAUGAUUUAAUUGAAACAUUGCAUGUAAUUUGUGUGAAUUAUAUGUUACCCACGGGUGUUAAUGAGUUGAAACCAUUGAUAAAGCCAAAACGAUUGAAAACAUUGACUAAUCAUUUUAACAAUAGUAGAUCAAAAAAGAGUAAUGAUUAUUACAAAUCGUUGGCUGAAGACAUUCGUGAUUUGAGUCUUGAUAGUGAACGAAAGAAUUCAAAAAAACAGCGUACAGAUGAAGAUUUACUUGUACAAAAACCAGUAUUAUUUGAUUCUAUGCCACCAUCGAUCGAUGAUGAAGAAAAAAACAAUUCAGUUGCUGAAGAUACGUUUGCAACAGAAGAGCUCAUUGUAGGCCAUCAUCAUCAUGGCACAUCCCCUUCUUUAAAACGAAAACAUAAACGACAAAAUGUCGAUAAACAACAGCAUCAAAAUCGUCGCAAUACAGUAGCAGUGAUAACAACGACACCAGCACCAUCAAAACCAAAAGAUCAUGAAAAGAAAAAAGAUCGUCGUCAAACAUUGUCAACAUUAAAACAUAGUUCAGUAGUACUAGAAAAAUAUGAUCGAUCAAAUCCAGAGGAUAUUAUACGAUUUUUUGCAUCCAUGAAAUUGAAAAUAGCUGAUUUAUAUGAUCAUUUAGAAACAGCAACAUUCAAUGGACGAAUUAAAGAUGUUUUAAAAACGGAAGAAAAAAUUAAAUUAUUAAAACCCUAUUCAGCUCGUUUUGUUACUGAUGAAAAUAUCCCCGAUGGUUCACAUGUCAAGCCAAAUGAAGUAUUUCGUAAAUGUUGGAUAUUAUUAAAUGAUGGUAGUUUGCCUUGGGAUGAUACUGAUGUUAAAUUAACAAAUUUAUCCGAUAGUAUCAAAGUUGUGAAUGAACCACAUGUUCCAGUAACAGCACCACAUUCUCGUGCUCAUAUUUAUGUUGAUUUCAUAGCCCCAAAUGAUACGGGUGUUUUUGAAAGUAAAUGGAUAUUGUCAUAUCGUCAUUAUACCUUCGGUCCAAUGAUUUGGUGUUCAAUCAGAGUUGUAGAUGAUACAGUAAUUAUACCAAAUUAUGAAAUAGGUCGGAAUGAUAAUAUAAUGAUGGAAAGUACAGGAACAAUUACAUUAUCAUCAGCAUCAUCAAAUAAUAAUUAUGUCACGGUGUUACCUUCUUCGUUUAGUCAUCGAGAUUCGUGUUGUUCAGUAUCAACAAUAAGUAACUCGUUCGAUAUAAUGGAUAUACCAUUACCAACAUGUUUCGAUUUAACAAAACCAUUCAAACCAAAAGAGAUGCCCAUGCUGACCAAUGAUAAUUAUGGUAAUAAUCAUUCAAAUCGGACCAGUAUUACUUAUUCAAGAUUAUCCUCAGUAUCAUCUUCAAUAAAUGAUGAUGAUCAGGAUUUGUUUUGUGCUGAUUUUUUGGAUGAAGCACCGUCUGAUAAACGUUGCAAACCACGUGAAGUUAAAUCUUAUGCACUUGUUAAAAAUGUAGAAAAUAGAGCUAAUACUGUAGAAGUACAGCAAACACAACAAGAACAAGAAAGUGCUACAGUACCAUUACCAAUAACACUCGUAAUAACCGAACUGAAUGGUGAUGUUCCAUUACCAGAAGCACCUCCAUCGACACCACAAAAAUCCAAUGGUCAACCACUUGAUUUUGUCGACUCAGUUGUUACAAACAUAUUUAGUGUGGCAAAACAAGCUAGUUCAACGGCAAAAGCAAUAUUUCAAACAUUACAAGCAAAUGAUGAAACUACUGUACCUACUGCACCCCCAGCGCCGCCAGUAAACGUUGAAAUACCCCCACAAUUAUCAACUGUCUCGACAACACCAACAGAAGAGUUGCAUAAUGGUGAUGAUUAUUUUGCAACAAUUCAACAUGGUGAAAAUGAAAAUGAAUUUUUAAUUUCGUCAUUAAAUUCCAAAACAACUCCAUUUACUUCGUUAUCAUCAGUGACAUCUCAAACAAAUAAUUCAUCAUCUAUGUCAACAUUUGAUUUAAAUAUGAGUCAUUUAAUUGACAUGGGUUUUGCUAAUCGUGAACAAAAUCGACGUUUACUAAUAGAACAUGAAAAUAAUAUAACAAAAGUUGUCGAAUAUCUAUUCGAUUCAGGCGACAAUAGUUGGUUUCAAAGUCGUCAUUGA